AAGGCUGUCUUUGGAUAGGGUUGGCAGCUGUUCAUGUUAUGCUUGGAAGAAAUAGGACAAGAGCAGCAGAAGGGAGGGACCUUUGGGUUUGUCAGAAACCAGGAGGAAGACGAGAGCUUUAUCUGAAAAAGGAAUUGCAACAAUGGCAACUUCGGCAACUUCAGGUUCCCAGAUCUUUACUGUGUUUCUCUGGACAGUACUCAGCAUAGCCAUGGUCAUCAUAGGGUCAAUGCAUAUAGACAAUUGUCCAGUUGAACCAAAUAUUCCAAUCUACCUAAUCGUUGGCGGUACUUUUCACUUAUUGGGAUUUGCUCUGAGCCCGCUGAAAUUGGUUCAGGAAAAAGUGGCGUAUGCCAUAGGGGCAAUAUUAGGAUUGUUCUCAUUUUGCUGGUUCAUUGCAGGUAGUGUCUGGGUCUUCAGGGUCUACCAGUACAAUCCAAGGCACUGUAAUGAUAUGGUGUAUAAAUUUGCCUUCGGCAUCUUAAUUUUCGAGUACAUUUUUUUAGCUAUUCUUGUGGCAGUAUUUUGCCUGUGCACAUUCUGUGUUGGCAUACUGAUGGGAAUAAGUCAAGACACACAAACACCACCCAUAAGCAGAUCACCGGAUGAUGAAGAAGCCUUGAAAUAAAAUUCUUUUGGAGUUGUGUUUGACCGCCAGUGACACUGCAAUCUUCUCUUUUAUUGUGGACUUAUCAAUGAAAUGCCAACAGCCAUGGAGUACUAGAUACCUUCCACCAUGGUUUAGGAUUCUGUCUCUUGUGCAUUAAAAACAUGUUCUAUGAAUAUCAUUAAUCCCGGUUCCAGGUUCUCUAUGUACCAUGGACCAACGAACUUCUUAACCGUAAUCAAUGUUCAAUUUGCCUAAUGUUGCUGGGAAAUCUAAAGAGAGCUUACGUACUGCUAUCAAAAUAACGAAUAUUUUUCCAAUUGUGACAUAACACAUAGAUUUUUUUUUUAGAAGCUAGCUCUAGUGUAUGGUUUUGAGAGGAAAGGAGCAGGAAUUUGAUAGCCUAUGGAUAUGCUAAGAUCUCCCUAGAGAACCAAAUUACAAACAAUAUCCUGUUCUUUAACCAUUCUCCUUGUUGCUAUGGAUGAAACCAGGAAUGGAAAUGUGAUUGUGAAUUAUCAAUAACUCACAGGUAGACUAGGUUCUCAACUGUGUUUAUUGGUGCUGAGGGAGUCAAAUGGACAUAAUUGUCAGGGUGUCUCUUCUUAGAGCUUAGGUUUUAGCCACCAAUAUAACCAUCAAUAACAUUUGAAUGGAUUUAUUCUGAAUUUGAUGCACAUGAGUUGGGGAUUUUAUUAUUUGCUAAGCUAUACCCAUGUUAGACCACGUUGUCAGUGAACACUUUUCUCUACAACUGAGCAGAGUUCUGUUCUACUUAGGAUCAAACAAUGGACAGAUGGGCCUCCAGGAUGAUGUCUGCCUUACCAACACACAGGGUUUAUCUAGCUGCUACCUAUUCCCCUAUAGAAAGUGGUCUUUUCUGUAAUUUAAAUCCUUGCAUUUGUCAUAUCUUGACUGGGAAAACUGCCUCAUCUUCAGAUUGGAAACCAGGUAGCUUAAUCUUGGUAGUGCAAGUGAUUCCUCAAGAGUGGUCCCUUGGACCAUUAAGCAUGCGUAUCAUGUUGGUAUAGCCACUAAUGAUUUUAUUUUUUAACCAAGCAACAAGGUACAAGUAUAACAAAAUAUUCUGGAGGUCACAGGGUGUUAUUUGGUGCCACAAUAUGGGCAGGAAAGCCUGGCAAUCUCAAAAGUAAACAUGGAUCUUCGUGGGGUUUUGUGAAAAAGAGACAGAGACUACAAAUAGAUUUCAGAAAAUAAAAUGUUUAUUAAUGAUGCAUUCAAAAUAUUGUUAGUUAGGGUCCUAAACAUAUAAAACCGGUUUGUAUCUGCUUUUCUGCAAUGUAAAUCGUAUGUCAAAUUGCACUUUUUAGUUAUUAGGCAUUAUAAACGCAGGUCGAAUACAUAUUAUUAUCUAUUGAACAGGACUCCAUCCUGUGUUUAGUAUUACAUCCUCUAUAUAUUGUUACAAAUAGAUACAAAAAUAUAUGUAUCCAUCUCUGCUUUCAGAGUUUUUAAUCUAUAUUGUAUAUAGCUUUAGCAGAGUGUAUAUUAUUGCUUUACGUUAUAAGCUUAAAGGGCAUGUGCGAAUGCAUUACUAACUUGCAGAGUUUACAAUAUCAAUUUAGGGGAUUCUCAUAUGUUAUUGCUUAAUAAUGUAAUGUUGGGGAAAAAGGCAAUAAAUUAUGGACGAUAAUGAGAGGUUUAAAAAUGUAUUUUAUAUGGAUUUGGAUAGUACAUUAGCCCACAUUGUAUAGAUCAAAUAUAAUCAUUCUUUAUGUCUCUGGCUGCCUAUUACACUAAAAACCUAUCUAUUUAGUUACGUGCAUACAUGUAUGAAUAGUAAUUUAUAUGUGUGUAUAAGUCAUAUACAUAUAAUUUAGUGUAAUCAUUUAAAUUCAAUUUGAUAAUUAUUAAAUAAUAAUACCAAUAUUGGCAAAAGGACCUUUGAAUAAGUGAAAAGGGGAUAUUACGCCAAAAAGCAUUGUAUAUCUUAAUUUAAUAUAAUCUGCAAUGCUAGUGCCUUGGAAAGCUAAUGUUUAGAAAUUGUUUUCUUUCUUAUGUAAUUCAUUUCAAGCAUUAAACAUUUGCCAGCA